UUGGGUCUGUACGACCUUUCUUUAAGCAGAAUCAGAAAUAAGUGACGGUGAAUAGAUGAUAAUAAUUGUGUAUCAAAAAAACGUUCAAAAAUGCAAGAAAAUACUGAAAAAACUCGUUCAAGCACACAAAGUGGCGGCCAAUUUAUCGACACAUUGAUCGGACAAUGGAUGAAGCGUACGGGAACAGAUAUCGCAUUGCAUCAAGCGGAAGAGCAAGUGGUCGAAGCUUCAACUUCGCAAGAAAGCAAGCCACUUUCCCCAAAUCAAGAACGAAACAUUCAAAUUUUACUACGGAAACUAAAACAGAGCCAGCGGGAAGAGAUUUCCCUAUCCUCAAUCUUGGAAAUGGAGAUGCGUUAUAAAGAAGAGAUUCAGACAAAAUUGAACACUACUUGGGAGUCUAUUGACACCAUCACAGACUACUGCAAUUACAUCAGUGAAAGCCUUGCAAGUUUUCAACAGCACCGUGUCAAUCUAUCCAACUUGUACGACAAUGUGAUUCUGAAACAACAGGGACAUAUUCAGAAGUUGCAGUCAAGCAACAUACAAUUGAAAGAUCUGGAGAAGCGUUUCACAGAAUUGGAAAACGAGGUGGUGCUGCGAGAAAAAAGAUUACAGGAAUCAAUAAUAGAACAAAAUCAAUUGCGGAAGCAAUUGGAGGACUCGGUCCAUGAACUGCAGACGCAGAAGAAUGAAUUAGCACACGCACACGCUGAGGAGAAAAUACUCGUUAAAGAACAGCAACGAUUGCUACUCGAAUACGAAAAUUUACAGUUGCGACUACAGACAAUUGAAAAUGAAAAGUGCGAUAUUGCGAAAUCCACAGCACAACUGCAAAAUAAAUUGGUGCUACAAGAGGAGAAAAUGCAAACGGUGUUGACGGAGAAAGAUAAAUUAUAUAAACAAUUGGAGAAUGCUAAUAGCGAAUUUUAUGCGCAAAAAAAUAAAUUAGCUAGCGUACACGCCGAGGAGGAGAGAAAGUUUGUCGAGGAGCAACAACGACUUCUGACUGAGUGUGAGAGCUUACAAUCGCAAUUAAACAUUCUGCAACAUGACAAAAGCAACAUUUCAGAAUUAGUCGCACAAAAAGACAGGCUCAUCUCGAAACUUCUGAACGAAAAUUCUAUGUAUAAAAAUAAAAUCGAAGUUAUAACGGCGAAUAAUAAUGAGGCGUGUAAUAAAUACAAAGCUUUGGAAGAGAAGCAAAACAUAUGGGAGAAAGAAUUGCGUACAAAGACGGAAAGAAUUCAAAAUUUGGAAGCAGCAUUAAGUGCGACGAAGCAAAGAGAGACAAGUCUCGUCAAUGACGUGAACAGAAUGGAGAAGAAAUUAACCAAUGAAAUAAAUUACUCCAAGAAUCUCGAAAGCAAACUCUCGGACACUAAGAAAAACUUGCAAAACGCAGAGAUGCAAAAUGCCAAGAUGCAAGAAAUGCAAGAACACGACAAGACUGCCAAUGAAUUUGUUAACAAUGAGCUUGCUAACGUUAAUCAGAAAUUGAAGAUUCUUCAGCAGGAGAAAGAGGAAGCUGAGAAGCGUGAGAUUAUGCAGGCUAAGAACGCGGAUAUUUUAUAUGAAAACAUCCAAGCCAAGCAUGCAGAAGAAGUGUCGACCUUGACAAGCAGUUAUGAUACACGUAUACUGGAAUUGAGGAAAACAAUCGACUGUUUGAAUGAAGCGAAUAAGAAUACUAUGCAAGAGAAUAGCGCAUUAAAAAUAUCUUUAACAGAAAUAACAAAAGAGAACAUUAGCUUGAAAAACGACUAUCAGUCUUCCAUAGAAUGUAAUAAAAAUCUUCAUGACAAACUAAAAGAAUCUGUGGAGACGUUGCGAAUAAAAUCAAUCGAUACACAGGAACCCAAAAGGAGCUACCUGAAAGAUAAGACACAAUCGAAGGAAAAGGGUGCAUACAAGGUGCGUUUCGAUACUGAAGUUACAGAAAUACUCGAAGAUGACCAAUCCAACGCUUCCACCUUCGCGGGUUUCAGAUCACGGAUCUCGGAUCUCGGGGACAACGACAGGUCAUUAUCGCAGCAACUGAAUCAUACAUACUCGAUAAAGAGGGAAAGUCCAAAAGAGCAAGAGGAGGAAGUUACGUCAUCGAAAAAAAAGUUCUUUAAGUUGCGUCCUACUCAGCCGCGUACCUACUCCAAGCGACGAUAAAUUUCAUAAAGAAAUGAAAAAUACGUUUAAAUGAACAUCGAUAUAUCGUUGUUUCUUUCAGACAUUUCCUCAUUUUUACUUUUUGCUCUUUUCCAAGUAUCUGUUGGAAAAUUAUCUGUUUAAAGAAAAAUUAUGCACAACAAAGCAAAAUAAGUUGCAUUCUGAAAUUAUUAGUACGCGAGAGAGUCAAAGAUUCAGGCGUAUCUAGCGUAAACAUAAAAUCGAUAUCGAAACAAGUGGAUAACUACAUUUAGAAUACAGCGCGAAUACGGAACGGAAUCACCAGCGCUCUCGAAAAAACACCCACGCAUCUUCGACACGAUGAAGACAAGAUUAUGUACAGCUGGUGGAAGCGCGCAGAACGUUUAAAUUUAAACAUGAUUCACCAGUCUGCCAUCCAACUAAUAAAUGAUCCCCUUUGAAUCGACACGAAACUCAAAUUACGCAACGCGGUAAAGGAAUCGCGAAUUUCAUCAUCGUUGCGCCUGGAACAUUUCGUGCGCGUUACUUAUUUCUUCCUUUUUUAUGUUGCGAGAAGCAGACUCUCUCGCUUGUGUAAAAAUAUAUCUCUUCUAUAUAUUGUACAGCGUGAUGCUUUCUUCCAGAUAGUUCGCGAAAAGAUUAGUUUGGCAAAUUCUCUGUUUUCUUUAAUCCCUAAAUCUUCAUUUGCCAUAAAUUAGCGACGAUAUUUUCGACCACGUAUCUACGGAUUUUUGUCUUAAAGAUGUUUAAAAAAUUAUUUUCUUCGCC